AUGGCGAGAAUCAAGCAAAAGGCGCAGAAACCUGUGACUGCAAAGCCAAAGAUGGCUAUCGCAGCAGAGGGAAAGGCACUUCGCGCGCCUCUUCAAAGGCCGAAGUUUCUUCAAAGAGUGAAGCAUCGCUCUCGCCCCCUUCGGCGCUUCAAACUUAGUGACAUGGCGCUCCAAAAGAUGCGCAAGUAUCGGACAAAGUCGCUGCUACUACCCGAGACGGCAUUUAUGCGCCUCGCCAGAGAUAUCGCCCACGAAGCUUUACGAGAGAGGCUUUCCUUUACAAAUCGCGCACUCGAGGGCCUUCAGGCAUCAUGCGAACAAUUCACCAUCUCGUACUUUACUGUCCUUAGACUUUGUGCGGAUCAUGCGAUGCGAAAGACAAUUCUGCUAGAAGACAGUAACCUCGUAAAGGGCCUGAUGGGAGUCACGACUCCAACUCAUCCCAUUUGCGAGAAACCUGAGUAA